CACAGUCGCUCUUCAAUCACGCAUCAAUCAGAAAAACAGACAGUGCUUCACGUACUUUUUCUGCUCAGGCAAAACAUAACACUGUCCUGCUCUUCAAGAAACAAACGCGCUUUCACUCGCGCGUGAGUCUCCACUGAACCUCUAAGCUCCCAAGCGUUUGCAGGUGGUACAACUUUCUCUUCUCUCUCCUCAAAAUCCAACUAACAACGAAUAGAUUUUCUAUCGCUCUAUGGAUUCAAAGGAAAAAAAAAACGGUUUUGGCUUCGUUGAAACCCUAGGUUCCUCCCCAUUAUGCGAAGAGGGGAGAGCUAAGAUUUCCGGGUUUCUGGAUUGAAGUUAUGGAUUUAAAAGAUAAAUAACUUGCUAAAGGUAUGACCUUCAUAUUCGCUCUGUGUUAUUUUCUGUAACUGCCUGCUUUUAUUUCUCUAUAUGUUGCACACUGAAUCCUUGUUCUUAGAGGAGACUGUUUGUCGAAGCAGAGUAAUAAGAUAGUUAUGUCACUCUAGCUUUAUGUCGUGAUGUUUGUAUUGUUGUUUCUCAUUCUUUCAAUUAUAAAGCUUUAUGUUGUAGUUCCUAAUGCUUCUUUCCUCUGCAGUUUCUGGCUUACAAAGUCUUUCUUCCUGUGUGCAAAGCACCCCAGAGAAAAUGGCCAUUCAGAUGAUGCUUUAGGAAGUCCAGAACUCCUGCAGGAGUUCCUGAAAUCUGGUCCAAGAAAGGAGCUUCUUCGAACCUCAUUUGCUAAGGUGAAGAAAAAUUCAGUUUCAUCAAAGGGCAAAAUGACUGAAGCUUUAAAGUCCGGUAACAAGACAAUAAAGAAGUCGGAGUCUAGAAAGGUCUCAUCCAUUGCCAACAGUCAGCUGUCCUCUAGGAAGCAAAGCAGAAAAGGGGAGAACCCGAUGAGGUUGCUCCCAGCUUCUGAGCAGCCUUCGGAUCUUGGAUUUUCUAACUCAUGGAUAUGUAAAAAUUCUGCUUGCAGAGCUGUCCUGUCCAUAAAUGAUACAUUUUGCAAAAGAUGCUCAUGUUGUAUCUGUCACUUAUUUGAUGACAACAAGGACCCGAGUCUUUGGUUGGUAUGCACCUCUGAAUCUGGCGAGGGGGAUUAUUGUGGGUUGUCAUGCCAUAUUGAGUGUGCUCUUCAACGUGAGAAGGUGGGGGUUGUUGAUCUUGGCCAAUUGAUGCAGCUAGAUGGUAGUUAUUGUUGUGCUUCUUGUGGUAAAGUUUCAAGUAUACUAGGAUAUUGGAAGAGGCAGCUAAGUAUAGCUAAGGGUGCUUGCCGCCUGGAUGUACUUUGUUAUAGAAUAUACUUGAGUUACAGACUCCUAGAUGAGACUUCUCGCUUUAAAGAACUGCAUGAGUUUGUGAAAGAUGCAAAGGCCAAGCUAGAAACAGAAGUGGGCCCUAUGAAUAGAGUUUCUGCCAAAAUGGCACGGGGAAUUGUCAACUGGCUUUCUGUCGCUGGUGAUAUACAGAAACUAUGCUCUCUUGCUAUUGAAAAAGCAGAUGAAUGGCUGGCGACCAUGUCUAAUACUGAUACAAAGUGCCAAGAUUCACAUCCUGCUUUUUGCCGGUUUCUAUUUGAAGAAGUGACGUCGUCAUCUGUUGUAAUUAUUCUAAUUGAACCGUCUGCUGCAUCAUCUGAUGAUAUUAAGGGUUACAAGCUCUGGUAUUUCAAGAGUCAAGACGAGUCGCAUACAAAAGAACCUAUAUGUGUCUUUCCAAGAACUCAGAGAAGGAUUUUGAUAUCGAAUCUGCAGCCUUGUACAGAGUACAACUUUCGUAUUGUUUCUUAUACUGAAGCUGGUGACUGGGGCCAUUCUGAGGCUAAAUGUUUCACCAAGAGUGUAGAGAUAAUUCACAAGAAACCUAAUUCAGCAGCUUUCAUAAGUCAGAAGAAAGAUAAUAAACUCAUUGAAGGAAGUUCUUUAGGUUCAAAUAAGGAGCUCACAGCCGUUGAUUCUUCUGGAUUCAAGGUUCGAGACCUCGGAACGAUGCUGCGUCUUGCUUGGGUUCAAGAGCAAGGCUGCUUUGAAGGGUUUUGCAGCGCUGAUAUAGAAAAAUGCUGUGGAGCUAGCGAAAUUAUUAAGCCUGAAACUCGAGUAGAGGAUCAUGUGCCAUCUAUUUCACGUGGGUUUGACUUAAAUGUUGUCUCAGUGCCUGAUCUAAAUGAAGAACUAACUCCUCCAUUUGAGUUCACAAGGGAUGAAGAUAAUGGUUGCACUUUAGAACAGGCUAUGGAGGCAGAUGAUGACGCUGCUUCGCAUGAAACAGAAAAUAAUGGAUUAGCCAGAUCACAUGGUAGUGGUGAUUCCCAGACCUGGACCAAUGGGCCAACAGGGGAAGUGCCUGCUGUUGAUUCCCAUACGGAGUUGUGCAGGAAAAGGGCAGUAAACUCAAAUGAAGAUACACAUGACUGUGAUAGCACUCUUAUAAAUGGGUCACCAUUUCGAAUCUCCAAUGAUUCAGGUUCCUUAGAUGAGAAUUUCGAGUCCUGUGUGAAGAUAAUCAGAUGGCUAGAAUGUGAGGGUCAUAUUAACCAGGAAUUCAGAUUGAAAUUACUAACAUGGUUUAGCUUGAGGUCAACGGAGCAGGAACGUAGGAUGGUCAACACAUUCAUUCAAACUCUAAUCGGUGAUCCGAGUAGCUUGGCAGGCCAGUUGGUUGACUCAUUAUCAGGCAUCAUAUCUAGCAAGAGGCCACGUAAUGGAUUCUGUAGUAAGCUGUGGCACUAAAUUUGUGCAGGGCAUUCUAAACAACAGGAUUGCUAUUUGCUUCAUGAUUAUUCUUUUUAUUGUUAUAAACUUAACCCUGAUUGAUUCACCAACUUUGUACAGGCAUUUUUUCCUAUUCACUUUCUAAAGGUGAUUCUUUGUAUUGCGUACUAGAUUGUCCUGCUAAAAGAUUUGCGUGACACAAUUCCCAUUUUAAUUGAAGGGGGACCUUGCCCUUUGGACGUGAGGUUUCAUCUUUUUGGAAGGCUUAUUUUUUUUCAGUUUCCUAAUCUAAAUUUGAAGCAGUCGACUUUUAAUCAUGGAGAAGGUUUAUGUAUGGAUGCUUUUGUUAUUGCCUUCUUUAAUUCAAAGAAGGGUAUAUGAAUUAAUCUCGAAUUAUUUUUGGUUCCUUUUUUGUUCUUCAGUUUUCCUUUUCCACCCAUGAACGAGAGUUGAGAAUUUUACAUCUUACUCUUUUACUGGUAUUAAUCUGUUCGCAAAUUACUAUUUGCUAGUUCAUUCAAAUGAACAAAAAUGAAGAUGGGUUUUUUCACAAAUGCAUUAAAGAAAGGAAAAAAAAAAACGAAAAAAAAGGUGGGAAAAUUUUGAAAUCUUGUACACACUUGAAACGGUGUAGC